AAUACGUUGUCGUUUAAAGCCCAAGUACACAACUUCUUUCUAUCCGUCUUCGCCAUUUUGCAGUUUGCAAUUGCUUAUCCAUUUGUUCUCAGUUCGCGGAGCCAAGCCUACAGCACCAAAAAUGGCAGCCAUGGCUGCGCUUCAGAGCUCCAUGACCGCUCUAUCCCUCUCUUCCAAUUCCUUCCUCGGCCAACGCCUUCCGCCGCCCACAAUUUAUGCUGCCCCCAUAACGUCAAAAGAGAAGCCAUGUCUCAUAGUAAUGAAGCUUAAAAGAUGGGAACGGAAGGAAUGCAAGCCAAACAGCCUUCCAGUAGUACACAAAAUGCAUGUUAAGAUUGGAGACACAGUGAAAGUUAUAGCUGGUCGUGAUAAGGGAAAAAUUGGAGAAAUCACCAAAAUCUUUAAACAUAAUAGCAAAGUGGUAGUCAACGAAAUAAAUCUGAAGACAAAGCAUGUGAAGAGCAGAGAGGAGGAAGAACAAGGACAGAUUAUUAAGAUCGAAGCACCCAUCCACAGCUCCAAUGUGAUGCUUUACUCAAAAGAGCAGGAUGUAGUGAGCCGGGUUGGUCACAAAGUUCUUGAAGAUGGAAAACGAGUACGUUACCUCAUAAAAACUGGGGAAAUAAUUGACAGCACUGAAAAUUGGAAAAAAUUGAAGGAAGCGAAUAGCAAAGCUGAAGUGGCUACAACUGCCUGAGAAUCGUUUUUCAAUUGUACCUACCACUGAUGUAGUUAUGUUGAAGGGUUGCAAUUGUCUUCUUCACAAUUUUUGCAAUGACUACUGCUCUUGUCUUUAACUAUAAGGUUUUUAACGAAAACAAACUGCUAUCCUAGUCUUUCAUUUUCAUUUCUUCGUUUUCAUCUUAACAACUACAUUAGAUGCUUCCAUGUAGUUCCUCAAAAGUAAAAAAGCAGUGAACAUCUGUUAAAAAUAAAUAUUAGAAUGCAGAUAUGUUUAAAACGGUUAGAGAUUUGGAAUUGGCUAUAUAUUUGUUUAUGGUUGCUGGAGUUUGUUUUUGGAUUGUCUCGGAAGUUCUCUUUCUCACGAUGUCAUUCUUGUAGUUUUAUAUUUUCCUUACCUGGAAAUUUUGGAGAGUUAUUUUUUCUGGAUUA